AUGGUCGAUCCUUUCAGCAUCACACUUGGUGCAAUUGAAAUUCUAGCCCUUGCAUUCAAAGCAUCCAAGACAUUGUACGAGCUCUCUCAGAGCAUCCGAGGCCAUUUCAAGGAGGUGAGAGACAUGCAUGAAGAGUUCGACGGACUGAUCACGAUCUUGAGUCGUUUGCAAGGAAAACCCAGCAACAGUCUAUCGAGCAAGGACGCCAUGCUGAGAGCGCCACUCGAAGGAUGUUUGGAUUGCUGCGAAGAGCUAAACAAGUCGCUGGAGGGUCUGGACCGUCCGAGCAUCGGUGAUUGGCUGAAGCUGCAAUUCAAAAGCAAGACCAUCAAAGAUCUAAAGAUGAGACUUGCAAGUUACAAGGAACAGUUGAGUCUUGGACUUCAGAUCAUCGAGCUCGAAGAGAUGUCAGCAUCCAGAGACGACAUGCUCAAGCUCAAAGAAAAGAUGGGAGACGUCAAGAAAGAUGUUGAGUACGAAAUGAAGCUGAUCAACGACACCCUGAUGGGUGUGCAGAAAUCGGUUCAAGAAGUGCAGGAGCUGGAAAAGGAAAGAAGGAAGCUCGAAGCGGACCUUGCUGCGUGCCAAGCCGCCGACAAGGUCAUUGACGAUCACUGCACUCGCACCAUCUUCGUCCUGAACAACAACACAGCCGGCGAUAAUUCACGUCAAUUUAUCGGAACCGAGAAUUUCAGCUUUGAAGGACAAUUUACUGCUACCCAUAACCACGCCGGUCCAUCCUCAGUCCAGCGCCUUGGUAUGUUCUCGCCGGACACGCACCUUGACUCGGUCGAAACAUCAACUACACCAGCAACCCGCAACCACAAGGCCACCGUGACUGUUGAUGAUGUCCGCAUUCAAAGACUCGUCAUGGGAGGAGCAUUCCCAAGCUUGAGCAGGCUGCCUGGAGUUCGUGGUGAGAGCGAUGACGACGCACCGACUCCUCUGCCCACUGCACAGCACCACAGACAGGACUGA